AAUAAACUAGUAAUGUAUAAUUUACUCAAAUAGUAAGAUUUUUAUUAAGAGAAACAAACAUGGAUGUUCCUGACCAAGUAAAGUCUCGUGAAGAACUUGCUCAAAAACUUGACAAAGAUCUCGACCAGCAUAUUCAAAAUAUUUUGGAAAAAAAUAAAGGAUUUAAAUAUAAAGAUGGUUUAGAUCCUGACAGGUUAGAUGAGCAACUUCGUCUGAUUCCUGCUUUUUCUAAAGAGGCUCCCACACAGGAAGACAUAGAUGCUUCACCUGCUUUACAAGCUCUUCAAGCAUUAAAAUAUGAAUGUGAUGACCCUGAAGCAUGUGCUGUAGCUCAUAAAGAUGAUGGAAACUACUGUUUUCAAAGAAAAGAAUAUAAAAAAGCCAUUAUUGCAUAUAGUGAAGGGCUCCGACAGAAACACGAAAAUAAAAAUCUAUAUGCUGUUCUCUACACAAAUCGUGCAGCUUGUCAUUUUUAUUUAGGCAAUAAUGGCAGUGCUCUUAAGGAUGCUACAUGGGCUCUAAAGUUUGAUUCUUCACAUAAGAAAGCCAUUACUCGUGGUGCUAUAUGUUGCUUUGAUCUGGAAAAGUAUAAAGAAUGCAUUGAAUGGUGUGACAAAGGUCUUGCAAUUGAUAAGGAUGAUUUAAAAAUGAUAGAGUUGAAAAAAAAAUGUUAUGUACAAAUUAAACAAAAAGAAAGAGAUCAACGAAAAAAGGAAAUGAGAGCAGUUAAAGAUAUCAAGAAACGAAAAGAGUUAAUUGAUGAAAUAAUGUCUCGCAAAAUAAAUUUUGAAAAUGGUUCCACACCUCAACAUAUAGAACAGCUUUUGAACACAUUAAACAAACCAGAAAGUGGGAAGUUAUAUUUAGAUGAUAGAAAAAUGCUUCACUGGCCUUGUUACUUUGUUUAUCCAGAGUUUGCUCAAUCUGACUUCAUUGAGGAUUUUAGUGAAGAUAUAUGUUUCAGUGAACAGCUUGCAGUUAUUUUUGAAACCUAUCCACCUUGGGAUGUGGAGAAAGCAUAUUCAUUAAAAAAUAUAGAGAUAUUUUUUGAAGAUAUUAAAAGAAAUACACUUAUCAAGGUUAAUCCAACAAUGCAAUUAGGAACUCUACUAUCAGAUAAAAGAUUCACAAUGGCUGGUAUUGCCCCUGUACUCAUGGUCAUGUCGAAAAUUACUGAAUUUUAUAAAGUGACUUUAGAGAACCAAUCAACGGAGGAUUUCUAAAGCAAAUUUUAUUAAAUAUUUAAUAAUGGUUUUUCCAAAAUUAUAGCUAAAGUAACGAUUAUUGGAAACAACGCUUGUCAUUUACUCAAAAGAAAUUACCAGUAUUUUAUUUAACUUUCGAAAUAAAUAUUUGAGAAUC